AUGGCAGAAAUCGACAUCGCCCCCAACUUCGGUGCCGAACUGAAAGACGGCUUCAAAUCCGCCAAUGCGUGGGUCAGCAACGGCAUCGCCUGGCUCGACGACGUCCAGCAAUUCUACCGCGAACGCAGCGGGAUUGAGAAAGAGUAUGCGCAGAAGCUCAAUGCCUUGGCGAAGAAGUACUUUGAGAAAAAGGCGAAGAAAAGCUCGAGCCUCUCCGUCGGCGACAACCCCUCCGUCACACCCGGCUCCCUCGAAUGUGCCUCUAUGACAACGUGGACCGUCCAGCUCACGACACUCGAACAGCGGGCUGCGGAACACGAACGCUUCUCCACCCUCCUCGUCAACUCCCUCGCUGUACCCCUCCAGACACUCGCGCAACGGUACGAGGAUCUCCGGAAGCAGCAUGCAGAGUACGCGGCGAAGCUCGAGAAGGAACGAGAUGGUGUAUAUGGGGAUUUGAAGAAGACGAAGGGAAAGUAUGAUAGUGUGUGUCAGGAUGUGGAGAAUAAGCGGAAGAAGAUUGAGAAUAGUUUUGAUCAUGGCAAGACCAAGGCGCAGGGGGCGUAUGCGCAGCAGCAGAGUGACAUGCGGAAUAUGAAGAAUACUUAUUUGAUUGCGAUCAAUGUCACCAACAAGCAGAAGGAGAGAUAUUAUCAUGAGUAUGUGCCGGAAAUUCUAGACUCUGUAUCGGAGGCAAAGACCGCCACUUUGAACAAAAUCUGGUCCACAGCAGCUGCAAUCGAAACCGAAACUCUAACCCGCUCAACCCAACUCCUGAAUCACUUAUCCAACGAGAUACCCCGAAACAAUCCAGUCCUAGACAGUAUGAUGUACGUCCGGCACAACGCAAUCCAAUGGUCCGACCCACCAGACUUCGGCUUCGAACCUUCACCUGUAUGGCUAGACGACGACUCCAUGGCUGCCGACCCCGCGAGUAAGACAUUCCUCAUGAACAUCCUCACGAAAUCGAAAGGCUCCCUCGGCGCUCUAAAGCGAGAAACCGAAGCCAAGCGAAAAGAAGUAGAAGGCGCUAAACGCGUCCGCCAAGCCAUCCGAGAAGGCAAAGAUAAACGCGACGAACUAGAAGUCGUGCGCAUGCAAUUCUACCACCGAGAAGCCCUCCACGCCGCCGAAAGCCGCAUGAUCUCCGCCGAGGUGGAAGUAAGCACCAUCACCUCCGCCGUCGGCGACAUAUCGGUCGGCGCACGGAACCACGCCUUCAAGAACGAGACGUUCCGCCUCCCCACAAAUUGCGAUCUUUGCGGGGACAGAAUAUGGGGUCUCAGUGCGAAAGGCAUGAGUUGUAAUGACUGUGGGUACACAUGUCAUCUGAAAUGUGAAUUGAAAGUUCCGGCCGAUUGUCCAGGAGAAUUGAAUAAAGAACAGCGGAAAGCGGCGAAAGCGGAACGGCAGUCUUCUGCCCAGGCGGCCGUCACUGCUCCUACAGAUGGUGAGAGUAAUGGCGGGGCAGGGCACCGAGGCAGUGGAGCAGGAUUGCAAAGGAGUGACACGAUCGGCUCCAUGAACACCCUUUCCUCCGGCUACGCCGCGUCAGCCAACCGUAGUGUCUCCGGUACCGGUGUACCAGCUACGGAGACGGGAAGAGGACAUAAAGUCCCGCCACCCUUGUCCGGUGGCCGUACAACGACAUAUAGUAGUCGAAACGGCAGCCUCCCCGAGGGCAAAAUGCUCUACACCUACUCCGCCAACGGCGCCGGCGAACUCUCCGUAGCCGAAGGCACCACCUUCUCACUCUUAGAACCCGACGAUGGAAGCGGAUGGAUCAGGAUCAAACCCACUGGUUUCGGGGCUGUGGGGGAGGGCCUGGUACCGGCUUCUUACGCCGAGGUGUCACCGCCUUCACCUCCUUUGAAGUCUGCUGGCAUGGGGAGUGGGUCUGGCAGUAGGCCGGAAAGACCAACGAGUCUAGCUACCUCGACCUCCAACCUCAGUCUCACGGGCUCACUAGACAGCACAUCCGGCGGCUCCCUGAAACAGAAGAAAAUCGGGCCUGUAGUGGCACCACGCAGGGGAGCGAAGAAAGCCGCGCCGCUGCCUGCUACGCCUAGUAGUCCUUUCGGUAACGGCGGUGGCGGUGGCGGGGAGAAAAUGGUCGAAGCACUUUAUGCUUACCCCGGUUCUGGGCCGGGGGAGACGAGUAUGCAGGGGGGUGAACAGAUGGUUCUGAUAUUGCCGGAUCAGGGGGAUGGGUGGGUGGAGGUGGAGAGUCGAGGGGGACGGGGGGUGGUGCCUGCUAGUUGGGUGAGGGAGGUGUGA